CUAGAGAGUUCAGGCUCGAUUUUUUUUUUUUUACCCUCUCUUACACUACGACUAGGCGAAUGGAAUGGGGGAGAAGAACCCAUAGCCUCACCGUGACAUAUGUCACAAUCACGUGACAGUGCCAAGCCCAUCAUCGGUCUUGGUCCCACCUUAUUUGUGCGUGUAAUUUAUCGCUCCAUUCCGUUCCUCGCCUCAUUUCACUUCUCUCUACAUAUUGCCCUGAUUCCCCACCUUUCUUAAAAAAAACUACAAUCUACUGAGUAGUGUGCGUUUGCCACUAAGGUUUCCUUAAGGAACGAUACUUUUUCUGACACAAUAGUUUCGCAGGAACCACUAUACGAACAACAGGUCAACAAACGAUGGCCAUCGCUCCGAUCGUUGGGAAACUUCGCAAAGGUCUUAUUCUUGACCUUUCGGUUGCGCUGGGCUUGGGAACUGGUACGCACUCUUCUCCCCCAUCGAAACUGCUCGGCACAGUACGGUAGGGCUAACUCUUGUGUUGGUGGUGCAGCGGCAGGGUGCCUCUUCUGGUAUGGUAUGUUGUCGAGUUUGCCCCACUAUGCUUCGAGGGGUAUAUACCGAUUUUCCGUUCACAGGCUAUCACACCCCAUCCAUCCGCCACCGUGAUGCGUGCGUGCCCCCAUGCUGGAAACAGGGAAGAUUAGUACUUACGGGCGGGCGAACAGAUACUACGCCAAGCUAGAGCAAGAGCGGAUCAAAAACUCUCAGUGAUAAGGGGUCAGGCAUGGUGUUGUGCCCGUGGAUGAAUGCUAGCUUGUGUAGACGGGCUCUGGGACGGAAUGGGAUUCGUAGAAAUGAAGCUGAGGGUUUAGGCCUUGCAUGGUUGGGAAUUGAACGUGAAUAUGGUAUCGGAUUUAUUCGCCAA